CAAUUCAGAACCUGUAAGACAAACGUUGAAUAAUUUGAUUAAUAUUAUUUCUCAGAAAGUUGAUGAAAUGUUGAUUGCAGGAGUAUUAUUGUUCGCCGUGGGUGCCACAGCCACACUUACACCAGCCGAUCUUAGAACUGCGUCUUCAUCUGAGCUGCAAAAGAUCGAGGCUUUUCUGGGUCGGGGCCGAAACUGCAUUUACAACGACGUCCUGUACUCAGAUGGGCAGACGAUAGAAGUUUACCAAGAAUCUUGCUCUAAGUUGGUAUGCCGGGUCAUCCCAGGAAUCUUGAACAUUGGUUCAACGAAUCACAUUUACCUAAAAGAUCUUGACAACUGCAAGUGUUCUAUCAUCACUCCUCGGCUACCCUUCCCGGUGCUUACCGUCAGAAAGGUCACUGGUACUCCUGAAAAACUGGUUUCCAAAAACUUUGUAAACUUAACGAAACUGUUGGACCUCGAUCUUAAGCUUGGAUGCUACUUCAAUAACUCAUUUGUCUUCGCAAAUAAUUACGUGGAGCAUUUACCUUCGAAAUGCUCGCUUCUGCAAUGCAACAUGGAUGAUGGCCGACCCAAGAUGGAACUGUUCGUCAAAUCAAUUUGUUUCUGCGGAGCCAACGCCACGACUUCAGCAACCUCUGCUACUACGAGUACUACUUCGCCUACAACCACUGCUUCAUCCAUCAGCACGACCUCGUCUCCAAGCCCCUCAACCAUGACUUCACCUGUUGGUCCCACAACCACGAUUUCAUCUGCUGGUCCCACACCCGCGACUUCACCUGGUGGGCCCACAACCAUGACUUCACCUGCUGGUCCCACAACCACGACUUCACCUGUUGGUCCCACAACCACGACUUCAUCUGCGGGUCCCACACCCACGACUUCAUCUGCUGGUCCCUCAACCACGACUUCAUCUGUUGGUCCCACACCCACGACUUCGUCCGCUAGUCCCACACCCACGACUUCACCUGUUGGUCCCUCAACCAUCUGGGACACUGGGGUGAGAGCUGGGACACUGGGGUGA